UUUGAUAUACCUCCCAAUCGGGAUGAAUUUUUCAGUGAGGUUGAGCGUGCCCUGGUGCUUGACUAUAUCUUACGUCGAGCGCAUUGCUUCAUCGAAAAUGAUGACGACGAAGCGGCGGCGGCUGCGGAAGCAGAGGACGAAGAGAACGCGAUGCCAAAAUACGAAGAACACGAAAACGACCCUACGGCCCCGGAAAUGAAGAGUUGGGGUGAAAAAAAUCGCAAUCUGAACAUUGGUAUUACAAAGCUGAUCUCGGACGGGGUUUUCAUCGCUGCUUAUCCCUUACACGAGCCGACGGAGAAGAAGGAAGUGGCCAGCGAAACAAAUAAUCGCAUCAUGCUACGGCGCUACUGGGCUUCUUAUCCAAGUUUUGCAAGACAACAACCGUUGGACUAUAUACGGUAA